AUGACCUUCCUUGACUCAGCCCUAGCCACUGCACAUCACUGUCAAGGGCGAAACUUCGUCCUGUUGCUGGCGGACGACUUGGGCUUCGGGGACCUGGGGAGCUACGGGCACCCUUCUUCUACCACGCCCAACCUGGACCGAAUGGCUUCCCGAGGGCUGCGGUUCACCAACUUCUACAGCAGCUCCCCAGUGUGCAGCCCGUCCCGGGCAGCCCUGCUGACUGGCCGGUUCCAGAUGCGCUCUGGGGUUUACCCCGGUGUGUUCAACCCAGACUCACAGGGAGGCCUGCCGCUGUCUGAGGUCACUGUUGCAGAGGUGCUGAAGGCUGAAGGCUAUGCCACAGCUAUGGUUGGCAAGUGGCAUCUUGGCCUGGGGAUUAAUGGCUCCUUCUUGCCCAUCCACCAGGGCUUUGACCACUUCUUGGGGGUGCCCUACUCCCAUGACCAGGGCCCCUGCCAGAAUCUCACCUGCUUCCCACCUGACAUCAGGUGUUUUGGGACUUGUGACCAAGGCUUAGUGCCAGUCCCGCUGCUCUGGAACCAGAGCAUCGUGCAGCAGCCAGUCUCUUUCCCUGAUCUAGUGCCACUCUACAACAAAUUCUCCCGGGAUUUCAUCGCUGACUGUGCCCGACGAGGCAUCCCCUUCCUGCUCUACUAUGCCUCCCACCAUACACACUACCCCCAAUUUGCAAGCCAGGAGUAUGCAGGGCAGUCACGGCGUGGGCCGUUUGGUGAUGCACUCUUGGAGUUUGAUGGCUCGGUGGGACAGCUGCUGCAGGCACUGCAGGAAAAUGGUCUUGCAAACACAACCUUGGUGUUUUUCACCUCUGACAAUGGCCCCUCCACCAUGCGGAUGGCACGUGGAGGCAGCUCUGGCCUUCUGAAGUGUGGGAAGGGCACAACAUAUGAAGGUGGCAUGCGGGAACCAGCAGUGGCUUAUUGGCCAGGCCAUAUCACUCCAGGAGUGACACAUGAGCUGGCAAGCACCCUGGACAUCCUGCCAACCCUUACUACCCUGGCUGGAGCAGCUCUUCCGAAAGUUGCCCUGGAUGGCUAUGACCUGAGUCCGGUGCUGUUUGGGUCAGGGAAGAGUCCCCGUCAGACGAUGUUCUUCUAUCCGCCGUCCCCCGAUCCACUGCGCGGCCCCUUCGCUGUCAGACUUGGGAAGUACAAGGCCCAUUACUUCACACAAGGUUCCUUUCACAGUGAUACGACUCCAGACCAGGCCUGCCACGGGCUGACCCCGCUGACCCCUCACUUGCCCCCGCUGCUCUUUGACCUGGAGUCAGACCCAGCCGAGAACUAUGAUCUGCUGCAGAGUGGUGCAGGGCCGGAGAUUCUGCAAGUCCUGAAGGAGAUCAAACUGCAGAAAGUGCUUUUUGAACAGCGCAUGGAGUUUGGGGAAAGCCAGAUCAGGAAGGGCAGGGAUCCCGCCCUGCAGCCCUGCUGCAUACCAAACUGCACUCCUAAGCCUUCCUGCUGCCACUGCUCCUAGCCUCUUGCUGCUCCAUCCCCUUCAGUUGCUCCACACUGGAACCCUAUCCCAAACCCACCAGACUCCCCCUGCCCCCAACUAACCAAGCUCAGCUUUAGAGCUACCCUGCAGCUUUGGCUCAGUGACACCUCUGACUAAUGGAGUGCUGGGGUAGCAAACUGUGGGCUGGGGAGAUUACCAGCCCUGCUAGGAGUGUAGGUCAGUGGACCCUGUGCUCUGUGUUGGAUGUUCAAGCUGAGGCCUUUUGACAGAAACCCUGACUUGUUCAUGGAGGGACCAUGAUACAGCAUCAUCUUCAGAGCCAGAACAGCUCCGUUCAAACCAUGAUCAAGAUGAAGCAAAGGGCAUGCCCCAGUGUCCAGAGAUCCCAACUCAGCUGGAGGCAUGCUGUGCACCUCUGGGUGGGAACAGACCUUACCAGGGGCCAAGAGCACAGCAAGAGGAGGAUGGGAUGGAUGGUCCUGGCAGCUUCAGAGGCAGGACCUUGUGCAGCUAGCGCAGAGGGAACAUGCCUAGGUGGGAAGCAGCUGAGGGUACGCAUGCUCAAGCACCUCAAAGUCCUUCAUGACUCAGGAGGUGGAGAUGUGGCCUGUGGUUGGCAGGCCUGGUCUUCUUGUAAAGUCUGUGAAUACUGGGGCUCAUCAAUCAGGUGGGCUGCAACUGUAUGCCAUC